UGGUGAAGUAGUGCAAAUUUUUUGUCUUCAUUUUCAUAAACAUUUUAAUGGAGUUUUAAUUGCCAAAAAUUGACUUUGGUGCGCGUAAUUGUUAGUUGAAAGUUCGGUGCAGCGUUUGUGGGUCAGAGUUCCUCCGGGCGACGCCUAUUUUGCCGGAUUCGGUCGCAUUCCAGUGCUAGCGAAAAUCGGAGCGCACCGUGCCAAAAGAAGUGAGAAAGGCUCACCAUCCUUUAGGCCGAGUUCAUGUGAGAAAGAGUGAGUGGAAGAGAAGAAAAAAAAAGUUGUGGAGCAAGUUUAAAGGCUUGAUAGUGGCUCGGGAGUUAGCUAAAUCGUAUUUUUCCAUCUUAAUUAAUGGGGCUAGCAGCAAAACUUAUCUCCAAAUGUCGAAUGAUUGUAUAUUACUUUGAGUCCUAAUCGAACACAGUUCCGAAGGCUGUAAUAAUCCAUCGUGUGAAUGCAUGAAUUAACGAUAAACCUAUACAAACCACAAUGCAAAGUUUGGAAUCUGCAUCAUGCCCAGAAGCAGAUUAUAUGUUAAACGACGCUUACUGUAAAUUGAGAAAAUCUCCCUCACGUCAGCAGACGCUCCUGAUUGAUCCACCGCCGCAGUAUCCAAGUUUGCCUAGUCCUAUUCUGAACGAUAGCACGCCACUGUUCAACACCAGCAGUAGUAGCAGCGCCACAAGCCCGCUACCAUCAUCCUCGUCCUAUGCAACCCUAGGCAGCAUCCAUUCGACCUCACCGCCUGCUACGCUCUUGGCGACCCCACCCUCGGCGUCCUCUCUAUGCCAAGUUCCACCGGGAAGCAAUACCGCGGCCCAGCUGUUCAAAUCCUCUUUCUCACCUGCGUCCGCCUCCACGUCCUCGAUCAUCAGCAGUAACCUGCCCCAUGUAAACCACCUCCAUCAUCACAUCGAGAAGCGGGGAGCAACUGACUCCGGCUACAUCAGUGGCUCCCCGUCCAAAAAGUCUAAACUAUCUUCCUUGGCCGGGGCAUCGUUCACAUCAUCUUCAGGGUCUUCACCAAUCAACAGUUCUUCCAUCGUUGGCUCAUGUAACUAUUCCAUUGGCGGCGGUACGAGCAGCGGCAGCAGCAGCAGUCAUCACCAUCAACAGCAGCAACAACAGUUUGGUGGUGGUAGUAGCAGCUAUGGAUACGGUGCAGCAGCUGCUGCUUCGCCCUCCGCCGGAACUAGCUCUGCUGCUGUGGCUGGCACUUCCUCAGCUGCAUCACCAAAUGUCGCUGCCGGUGGCGGCCGAUUUAACAUACACGAGAAGCUUAGGGAAUUGUAUCUCGAAUUAUUAGCCGAAGACAAUACUGAUACUAACAGGUUGAACUUGAGGAAUACGUCGUUCUUACUGGAAAAACUGGUGCUGCGGGAGAAUCUGAGCACCUUGAUCCUAAAUCUCUACCCCGGCAAUAAAGGAUAUUCCUUAGCAUUUAGGCGAGGUGUUGAACAGCAGAACGAUGGAGGACGAAGUACCGCUAAAAGUGGCGCCGCGUCCUCGUCGCUGGUGGAUCAGUUACUGCCGGGCGUUAGUGGUAGUGGGGCCUCCGCUACCGCCGCCACGUUUGAUAUUAAUACCGAACAACUCCAGGAGACGAUACGGUGGCCGUACGAGGAGGAAGAACUGCUCGAAUGUAUCGACCGGGAGGAGCUGCCGCUGAUGCUGAUCGAUAUGCUCGAAAACAAGUGUCCUGGUCUGUUCUACUCGGGUUGUGUCAUCGCGGAGAUACGUGACUAUCGGCAAUCGUUUCCGAUAUUUACCUGUGAUACGUACCACGUGCUGUUGAAGCCGACUAAUCAGACCCUGCUUGCAGAUGUGAACCUUCUAACGGCGGAUGGUGAAUGGAGUGCAGAGGAUAAAGUUGCGCUAGAAAGCCAGUUGGUGUUGGCGACCGCGGAACCGCUUUGUCUGGACCCCAAUCCUGAGGUGGGAAUCAUGACUAUCAAUCAACAGCACCGUCGAUACAUUCUCAAUACCAAUCCGAUACGGAGGCAGGCAAAGAAAUUCUCACAGGUAGCGAUCAAUCGGAAAAGGAAAACGGACCAGUUUACUCAUAACUUUGGUCUUGAGUUGAGCGAUUUCAUGACAAAGUAUAGGGCCAAACCCCGUCAGUACGCUGCGACCAAGCGAAGUGUAGUUAGUUUUACACUGCCCAAGAAGCCCUCGGACGUGAGUCCUACCGUUAGGGUGCCCAACUUGGAAUUACCUGAUCUGACCCCACCCGCUGAGGUAAAUGUGGAGAAGUUUGCGAGGAAAUACGACGGACCUAAGGAGAGUCGGGACUGCAUACCCCAGCUUAUCGAAGAGUACAUUUUGGAGACGGAUCGGGUAGCGAGUCGAGGUGAUACUAGAACGUACCAUAUCAAGUUGUCGAUAUUCCAGCGGCCAUCCAAUUCGGAAUAUCUGGGUGAACUGUACGUGGAUAGAGAUUACAGGGAGAACGAGCGCAAUGGGGAAGCUUGCCAAUUUUCCUUGGGUACUCGAGCGCAUGCACACCGAUACAUACAACAGUUUACGGAGAUAUUCACCGAAGAGGGUAGAAAAUCGGUUAAAAUUACUCAUUUGGUUCCUGGACAAGUUCCCAAGGUAUUGCAUACUGCAGGAAUGCGAGAACAAAAUGUUCAACAGCAACAACAGCAACAGCAGCAACAACAACAGCAACAGCAGCAACAACAACAGCAACAGCAGCAACAACAGCAACAUCAUCAGCAACAACAACAAGCAAUUCAACAGCAACAGGCUCAUAUCCAACAGCAAAUUUCUCAAAUUCAACAACAGUUGCAGUCCCACCCUACGCAUGCUUUAAUCACACGACUGCAAACGGCUAAUCCGUCAUUGGUUUCGCAGAUUGCUGCUGCUGGAGGUAACAUAACUAUAAACACCGCCAACCCUGCAACAAUAUCCACGGUUGUUAAUCAGCAGCAGCAACAGCAGCAACAAGUUGUUCAGCAGCAGCAACACACACAGCAGCAAAUCAUAACUGCAGGACCUGCGGCAAACAUCAUAACAAUUGGUGGUCCGUCACCCCAACAACAGCAUCAAAUUCAAAUACAGCAACAGUCCCAGCAGCAACAUCAACAACAGCAACAGUUGGGCAACCAACAGCAUGCGACGCAGCUUCUAACGGCGACUGCUGCCGGCCAUCAGCAAGUUUUCACCACCUGUGAUACCACCAACAGCAAUUCCACUCAACAGCAGCAGCCCGGCAGUCAAGCGACCAUCACUCUACAACAGCAACAGCAGCAACAAUCCCAGCAACAGCAAGCCCAACAGCAACAAAUUCAGCAAAUUCAAACUCAACCACAACAGCAAACGCUUAGCCUCAGCAAUGGGUCGCUUCUACUGGUGCAGCCGACGGGACAGAUUUCCAAUAUAACUACCGCCACCAGUGUCAGCGGCGGUCAAUCGAACGUUGGUCAAUCUGUCGUCACCAAUGUGACCGGGACGCAAAACAUUCAAGGUUUUACCUUUACCUCAGCUUCUCAAACUGCCACUAUCAUAAAUCAAGCUGGUUCAGCCGGAACAACCAAUGCCACCACCAAUCGUGUCCCCCUGUUGGUUCGCCUGGAAAACAAGGCCUCCCAGCAGUUGCAGCAGCAGCAACAACAACAACAGGUACAGCAAACUCAUCACGUUCAAUCGCAACAACAAAAUCAAAGCACCACCACCACCAUUCAUACAAACAAUCCGGAAAUUAACGCAAUUGCACUCAGUAUAAUGAAUUCGGCAAAUCAAUUUCGACAACAACAGCAGCAGCAGCAGCAGCAACAACAACAGCAACAACAACAACAGCAGCAGCAGCAACAAGCAACCGUUAAAACCAAUUCGAAUGCCGCCAUCAUUAGUUUACUUAACAGUGCACCGGCUGCAAUGACCAACUCCUCCGUACUGGGCAGUAGUCUAACGAUUCCCGUUAGCAAAACACCCGUUGAGAUUCAUCAACAGCAGCAACAGCAAACACAUCCACAACAGCAUACCAUUCACCAUCACCAGGCCACGGGGACAACGACUAUUUCGGGCAGUGCGGCCGCUGCUCUGUUCAACAGUGUCAGUGGUCGUAAAAUACAAAUUCAGCAGCAACCCGGCGGGGCCCAGAGAAUACUCAACCACACCAAUCUAAUUGCGGUCAGCAGCAAUCCGGCGGGCGGUGGGAUCGGGCAAACUCAGCUGAUCAACAUACAGCCAGCGACACAGCAGCAAUCCGGCGAUCAACAGCAACAGCUCGGCCAGAUUCAACAACAUCCCGGCUCGAGUAUCCGGGUUACCAUGUCUGCCCUUGCCUCUCAGCUUGCCUCUCCUCCAGCCAUUCUGACUACAUCGAACCUACCGCAAACGUUCAACGUUGUUGCUGCUACCGGUUCCGGGAAUGUACCAGUUGGGGGUCAAAACUUUUCCAAUACCGCCAAUAGUAAUACCACUAGCAAACUGAUAAUCAAUAGUACAAACCAGAGGAUAUUGAACAUCAACACCAACAAUAGCAACAGUUCAUCGACGGCCGCGGCAGUUGCUGCAGCUCUAGGAGGAGCAAUCCGACGGGUCAGUGGUGCCGCACCGGACGGCAGUGGUGGCAUUCAACUGCAAAUCCAAGGGGCCGACGGUAUUCGAAGGAUAGCCUCGGGUACUGGCAACGAUAUCCAACUGCAAAUCCAAGGCAUAUCUUCACCCGGCAGUGACCAUUCGAAUGCGUCCUCUUCAACGUCUGUUUCGACCGUAAAUCAGUCGAACAACAAUUCAAGCACCGGACCCAACAGCGGGAAUAUAAUCUUUAACAACAUGACAGGACUGAGUGCGCUGCUUGCUUCCACCACUUCACCCUCUCCCCAACAACAACAACAACAGCAACAGGUUGCCGUUUCUGGAGGGAUGAUGGACAAUAGUUCGACACUUGGUGGUGUGGUGAAUCCAUCUAAUCUAGGCACUAACAAUAACACUAGCAACAGUAGUAAUAAUAAUUCAGCAUUAAUCGAAAGACUGACUUCAUCUAGUAAUAUAAACCUAUCCAAUAACCUUCCAAACGCAAGCCCAGGCUUGCAGUUUACAAUACCAUCGCCAAAAACACCCCAACAGCAAUCUCAGCAGCAGCAGCAUUUACAGAUCCAGUCCCCCGCCUCGUCGAUAUCGCCACUCUCUAGUCCUCCACCGACGGUUACGUUGCAGUCCCAGCAACAACAACAACCCCAACAACAGCAGCAAAUUCAACUGCAACAGCAAACACAGCAGCAACCCCACCAGACGACCGUCAACCUACAGGGAUUGAACUUUGCCAGUUUGCACGGUGCUAUGGCGUCCAUUCCCGGACUACAGAACGUGCAGGUUCAAAUACCGGGACUUGCACAGCCGAUUUCGCUAUCCCUUUCUUCCGCUCCGUCCUCCGGCACGGCAACGGCAAAUGUGCUAAACGCACAGAGCAACGCACCCGUUACCGGGGGCACCAAUCAUCACGGGACGACGACCAGCCUGCUGGUGUCGGUUCCGGUGUCCAGUUCCGGCGGUGGAACCUGCACACAACUCGGUACGCUUGGUGCAGCCGGCACAUCCGGUGCAGCUGGUUCUGCAACUGGAUCCGCCAUGGCUGGUGCCACGGCCAACCUUCUGGGUGCCAACUCCCAAACUGCAACUCAAACCGUGGUGCUUGCCAAUCCACAAACCAGUGUUGGCGGAUCCAGUUUGCUUUCUCUGCCCAUCGCUCAAAUUGUUACCUCGGGAAUGAAAGGACUGGGUCAGCAGGGCAUACGGGCCGGAACGCCACUCACGGUCAGCACCGGCCAGCCCGGCCAGCAGAUACAGCUGCUGAACAUUAGCCAGAGACCGCGCAGUGGCCAACUGCCGGUGGUGUCUUCCGUUACCACGCCCAUCACAGCAAAGCAGAUUGCGGCACGCGUGGCCCAGCAGCAGCGCAACAUGGCGGCCGGAUCGACGCUGAAAAUUGCCACCCCAAUCACAGCUACACAUCACGGGCAGCAGCUUGGUCAAACGUUGAACGUGACGACUAGUGCGACUCAAAAUCAGCUGUUAAUGACGAAGCAGCUGCAAUUGAAGUUGCAACAGCACCAGCAACAGGUGCAACAAAACCAGCAGGCACAACAACAGCAGCAGCAAGCCCAGCAAAUUAUCACCACUUCAACUCAACCGGCCACUACUCAGAUACACAUUCAGCAGCAUCCGCAUCUGAAUCAACAGGCCCAACAGCAGCUGCAACAACAGGUGCAACUGCAGCAGCAACAGCAGCAGCAUGCAACCCAGCAGAUCAGCAUCAUAAAUAGUAGUGUGGUGUCGCCGCUGCCGUUGCCCACCAUCACGCCCCCGCCAGCACCGCAACAACAACCUACUCACCACCAGAAUGUGGUCAACGCACUGGCUGCAGGUAAACAUCGGCGAAGGUCUGCAGCGGACAUGAAUAAGUAAGCCGAACCUCAAUCACAGACACAGAAAAACAACCUCCCUCUAGUAACCUAUUUCCUGUAAAAAGUAAAAAAACGAAAAAGCAUAUUAAUUUAUCAUUGGCGAGCGCGCGAAGUGUGAUACUUUAAAAUGUUUUUGUGGGGGCGCGGUAGUGCAUGAUUGUUUGACCACGCAACAACUCGAGGUGUGGAUGAAUUGUGCGCAUCAACCUACGAAGACCACAAACACUCACACACACACACAACCUCUCAAACAAAAAACAACAGCUCUUUUAGUCACUCUAGUUGUAAGAACAAAUUAACGUUAAACAAACAUACGGAGCGAAACAAUAAGAAAAAAAACCCACGGUGGCCCUUCGCGUUUUGGUGAGAGGGGCGGCGCAGAUAAACGAAGAAGAAGGAGAUAGAUGAUGGACCUACGUAAGCAGAGUUUAUUUGAAACGAGGAAUAAACAUAGUUUGUUUUUAAUAUUUAAAACUUUUAUUUUGUUUUUUUAUUUUUUCGAUUUAGUUUUUACACAUUGCGAAAAAUGCCGAUAUUUUCCUUGUUUGAAAUAAUAGAGCCUUAAACUACUUCUAACGGUUACCGGUAAUUUCGAUACAAGUUUUGUCCGUUGUAAGUUUCUAUACUCUACUAUUUUUAGUUAUACUGUAUUUGUUUUCUCCACUCGUGGAGUGUGCCACCGUACCCGAUAAAAACAAACACAAAUCCUCGCCAGUGUAUUGCUAGCUCGCUCACUCACACGCUCUCUCGCAACACUGGCAAAAUUAUCGGUGGGCCACCGUCCGUAAGCAGAACUCCGACAGGUCAAAACCAGUGCAACACCGUCCGAAUAAACAAACAGUUUGACAGCACCUAGUGGUGCACCAGUGCAACACUAGUGCAACACUCGGCAUAAACAAAUACGGUAUUAGUUUCAGUUUUUCGUGGCUAAAGAAGUCCCCAUUGUUCCAACUCCAACAGUUCCUUCCAAUCAUUCUUAAAAUUUCUUAAUGAAAAAGUGUAGUUAAGUAUAGUUUGGGUCCCUUCAAUACGUUCAUGUAAUUUCUACAACAGCUUUAACUUUUUGCCAAUUUUACUGAAACGCUCGAAAGCGCGUUCAACAAUUUAAUAACUUCGAUAAGGGUUUUACUGGCUGGACAGAGGUGUUAAAUAGACGAUGGAAGCGCUGCCGAAUUUGGGUGAUGGUUUGACAUUAGUGCAAGUGGAAUGCAGUGAAAAUUUCACUCAACUUUAAUUUAUCGGUGAAAAGUGAUGUCCUUUUUAGUAGGGAAAUCUAAAGAUUAUGGAGUUUUAUAGAUGGAUAGACCGUACCGUUUCGCACCCAAACCUCGAUGAUAACAAACUUUAAAGACUAUGCAUCGAUAGAUGCGUUUCUGUGUUAAGCGGGCCACAGACUACACAACAUUUGUACAAAUGCGAUGAAAUUCGAUGAAAUUUUUUCGCUGUAAACACCGUUUGCAUAGUGUAUGGCACUGCUUGAAUGAGCGCCCAAACGGUUGGAGUAAAAUCGGUCGGGAUCGAAAUAUUUUGUACAAACCAUCCUCCCAGCCGUGGUGGAGAUGGGUUUUUUUGUUGCUGUUUUCGCCAGCAAUCGUUUGUGUUCGCGUGAAAAAUGUUUGUAUAGUGUGUGGGCGAGCAUAGAUCAAACAAUCGUCGUGGAAUCAUCGAAUUUGUACAGGCCAUUUGUGUAGUCUAUAUCCCGCUUUAAAGAGACCUUAUCUGAUCGAUCCACAAAUCUUUUUGUUCGUUCGCACUGCAAGUUUUCCCGCUUGGCCUACUAAUGUGUGGUGGUAGAUGCAACUUUCUCAUUUUCACCAUCUUUCAUUUCAUCUAACCUUCCAUCCAUCUAUAAAAUUCCAUAAUCUUUAGAUGUCCCUACUAAAAAGGACAUCACUUUUCACCGAUAAGGCCGAUAAAUUAAAGUAACAAACAUAAAUUACGGUGAUUAAUCUUUUCAUAAAAUUUCACCCAACUUUUGAAAGAUCCUGCGUGGUUUUCUCGAAGAGAGAAGGUCUUUUCGCUUCCAUCGCUUAAGUUAUUCUUUCUCUCCUUAAGAAAACUCCGUAAGAUCUGUCAAAAGUUGGUAAAAUUUUAGCUGCACCCCACUUCUGCUAAUGCAAAACCUUCAACCAAAUUUGGCAGCGCUUCCAUCGCCUAUUGAAUGAAAAAUCGAGUCGAAGAUUCUGCUUUUAUUAGUUGUCUUGCGUGAUUCCUUCCAGGAAAAUGUCCAUAGGAGAUCAGCAAAGGCUUGAGUGACGUAUCUGCAGCCCUAAAGCGUCCUCAGGAUGAAAAGACUGCAGGGUUAGAUAUGUAUCGGAAGUCUUCCAAGUCCAAGAACCUUCAGCUUGAAGCGUUGACAUAUGAAUUCUUUCAGCUUCCUCUUCAGGUUCGGGUCGUUGAAUAAAAUAAGAAAACGUCAAUGUAAACGAUGACUGAUUGCAUUUUUGCACAUACUAGCUGUUAGUAGAGGCAAUUGUCAACCUUGGAUUGCGAUAGGCCAAAUUCCUUCAGUGCUCCGUUCGGAUUGUUUAACCCGUAAAGCGCUUUCUUGAGCAAACAGACUUUAUUGGUCUAUCGCCAAACCCUACCGACUAGUCGUAUCUCGAAGACUUUCAAGUCGUACUCAAGUGCAAGAUAACGAAUAUCGCACCACUGGUGAUUAGAGCUCAUCGUAGUCGAUUCCAGGACGUUGCGAAGAACUUCUCACUACAAUUUGCGCCUUGUACUUGUCAGUAUCCCGUAAAGUUCUUAACAUCCACUUGUUGCGUAUGGGGUUUCGGUCCCUCAGGUUUGAUUCUCCUCCAAAAAUCUUCCGCUUAACUCACGGGAUCGCCCUCUGCAACCAAGCAUGUCUGAAGGGGAUUUAUAAGGACAGUAAACGGCGUAAAAGUUAUGUAAUCGGAAUACUUACCUGGAGGUCGGCGCCCUCGACCGCCUUAACUCUAGCAGUUUAUCAGCAGAUCUAUUAAGUUGCGAUAGAAGCGCAGAGUUGGAAUCUUCGGGUACCUGGUUCUUCCAUCUGCAUCUCGGUCAAUUCUAUGAAAUUGACAGAAUGUCGGCUUACUCGACUUUGAUACUGGUUGAAUUUUGACGUAUUGCAGUAUCUUAGUCUUUACCGCCGUCAGUGUUGCUCCAGAAGCUUCCAAUCCCAUGACUAUCGGCUCGUUAUUCGCUGGGAGUCCCAUCAUUAGCAACACCGCCAGGCACGAGUCGUCUACUCGGAAUCCAAUCCCGGCGAGCUUAUGAACAGUGGAAAUCAAAUUGUCGACAUAUGAUUCCACGCUUCCGUAUUCCUCCAGACUUCCGGUUUUCCUCGUCAGACCGUCGUCCUGGAAAGCUCUUCGUAGCUUCUCCCAAGCUUCCUGUACCGUUAGUGCGGCCUUAACUAUGAUGUUGUUCACCAACUUCAAGCUCAGAGGCUAAUUGUAGUAAGUGUACUCAACCUGCGUCCACUUAACGCCUAGGGCCUAACCUAACCUCCUUUGACUCGCGUCAGGGUUCUAUUGGCCCUUUGACCCCUUUCUCUGCUUCGGUCCGGCAACCACCCAGUGGUUCCGACUUGACGACCUUCAAUAGUCCAGGUGGAUGGUUCUUGGCUCUGGGGCCGUUGGAGCGGAACCUUCAAAAGAAGAUCGAGAUUGCCAUCAAGCGAGCCUCAAAAACGUCAAGGGUAUCCGAAAGAAGGUUAUAGAGAUGAAUGGACCGGCAGUUGAAGAAGAGGUAGUGAAUGUUCUUAAGUGAUCCAGGAAGUUCUCGGUAGGAAAACAAACCAAACUUAUGUACAUGUACAGUACCGUUCAUAAUUGUAAGGAAGCACGCACACUGUAACUUCGACUUUGAACUUCCAUAACUUUUUACUCUGAUGAUAUUUUAUGAUCAAAUUUACUGCGUUAGAUAGAUCAACUAUCACACUAUUAUGCCACAAAAUUUGAGCUUUCUGGAGUUUGUGUGGCCUGAGAUACAGAAAUUCUACGAAAAUCGGACUUUUUGGACUUUUCUCAUUCAAACUGCAAUAUCUCAGAAACUACGCUACAUUUUUUGCAGAGUGAUUGUUGAAAUAUAAAGCUAGCAUGUCUGAAGUCUUUGAAAAAUUCUAUCGAUGGGAUAAAAAGUUACGUGAGGUACAAUAUUUCACGCAUGCACCUAAAAAUGCGAUUUCUAUAGAAUUUUGGACGAUUCAUGAAAGCAAUAUCGUUUCCCUUCACAAAUCAGUCAAAUAAUGUUUGGCAAAAGUUUUGAUUUGUAAACGGAAUUAUUUUCGGAAUGUCUUUGAAACGGAACACUGGAUUUAAUUUUUCGGAACAAUUUUUAUAUUUACGUGCUCUUCGUUCUACCGUUAAUUAGAAACUGACCGUUUUUUCUCUAGCACUCUACAAAGUUCUCAGACACUCAAUCCAUUCACACAGUUUCUAUUAGUAACUCAUUCAAACACACACUCACUCUUACACGGUUAUUUCUUUUUCGUCAUUAUGGCCAACAUAACGAUCAUUACAACUCGGCCAUCCUGUCAUCUGAUCGUCUCGAUCAGGAAUUUUCAAAUUCACAUAAAUCAAAAUUAACUUUAGAUGUUAGCAUGGGAAGCCAAUUACCCGUGGCCUUCUCGGGGUUAGUAGGACACAAUAUCAAGGAAAGGGUUUUGGUAAGGAAGGUUUUCUUUAAAAUACAGGCAAUUAUAACAGAGUAAGUGUAACAAUCCUUCCAGAUUCGUGCAAUUAUUCUUCAAUAUCAUCAUAGCAGUCCCGCCAAUCGGCCCAUCGUUUUAGUCUAGAAGCUUCAAUUAUGCCAUCGUAAGGAAUUUGUGAAAUCUGAGCAUUUUCUAUGUCCCUGACAACAUAUCGAUCAUUUGGUAGAACUUUAUGGACGCGAUAGGGUCCUUUAUAUUUUGGGAUAAACUUUUUGUUUGUGCCAAGAGUUGUAUCAAUGUUUCUCAUAACGACAUAUUCACCUAAUUCAAAUCUCAUAGCAGGCUUAUGUUUCUUCUGAAAAUACGUCAAAUUUUUAUCCUGUGAAGAUUGAAUGUUCUCUACAGCUGAAUUCCUUAACGAAUCCAAGUCUCUACUAAUUUUCUGACCUUCUUCCAGGAACUCAGAAAGCCUGUCAACUUCACGACCCCGCUGGUUGACCCCAAAAAGAAGCAUAGACGGUGUCUGACGAGUAGUAGAAUGAAUGGAAUUAUUCAGUGCAAACUCAGUUUUUAUCAACAUUUUUGACCAGUCAGAGUGCUGGACCGGUUCAGAGAUCUUCGCAAGCAUGGAUUUGAUAAUACGAUUAACCCUUUCGACCUGUCCGUUCGCUUGAGCCGACGCAGUUCCUACCUUGACGUGUUCGAUAUUAUGGUCCAAAAGAAAAAAGCUGAAUUCGAGAGACGUAAAACAUGUUCCACGGUCACUAAUGAUACGUCUUGGUCGACUGUAAUGUUCGAAGUACUUUUCAAGACACGCACGCACCUCCUUAGUACUGGUAGAGUUAACCGCAUACAGCUUGACGUACUUUGUGAAAGCAUCCACGACGGCGAGUAUAUACUUUCUCUUUGAAAUAAUGGAUGGCAACGGCCCAAAGUGGUCAAUAUGAACAGUGUCAAAAGGAAUAGGAAUUUUCGGGAUAUUAUGCAAAGUUUUGUGAUUACUAGUUGGAGGGACGGAAUACAUUAUGCAACGAAUGCAGUUUUGAAUAAACUUACUCACUUUUUCCUUCAUUUUGGGAAACCAAUAGUGCAUUUUUAUCUGUUCAAUGCAUUUAGUCACACCCAUAUGACCAAUCUUCUCAUGGGCAUGUCGUACUACAUUUGUUUCCAUCUCUUUUGGAACAUAAAGCAAAUUCUUUUCAUCACCGACAGACCGAUACACCAGACCGUCUUCAAGUACGAAACCAUCAACUGAACCAAUCUCCAGCUUUUCUCUGAGAAGGGCUAUCUCACUGUCACGAUUCUGAGUGAUUUGGAGUUGAAACGUUAUAUCCUCGGGAUCAAUGGCAGAAACAACUUGCGUAGAAUCCUCGGUUGUGCGAAUAGUAACAGAAGGGAGUCGGCUCAAUGCAUCAACGUGGCUCAUCAGUUUACCACUCCUGUGUUGGAUGGUGUAAUGGAAAUUUUCUAAUUCGAUAACCCAACGAGCGAUCCUUCUAUUCAUGUUAGCCCUGUUCACAGUCAUUGUGACAGAAUUACAAUCUGUUACAAUACGAAAUGGUAUGCCCUCCAAGUAAAUACGAAAUUUGCGAAGCGAGUAAAUUAUGGCCAGCGUUUCAAGUUCAAAGCUGUGGUAGCGGGACUCUGCAGGGCUCGUUCGUUGCGAAAAGUACGCAACUGGAUGAAAUUUACCGUCGUCCUGUUUUUGAAGCAGUAUGCCUCCAAAGCCAUCAGUGCUAGCAUCGCAAUGUAGCUCGGUCUCUCGAUCAGGACUAUACAAAGCAAGGACGGGUGCAGAUACUAAACUUUCCCGAAGUGUGUUAAAAGAGUGUAUGCAACCUUCAUUGAAAUCGAAUUUUACAUCGGGUUUAGUUAACUCCCGCAAUGGUUUUGCAAUAGACGAAAAGAAGGGAACGAAUCGACGGAAGUAUGAAAAUAGUCCAAGAGCUUUCGACAACUGCUUUACAUCUACCGGCAAGGCCAUUGACUUGAUGGCUUCCAAAUGCGACCCGUUUGGACGGAUACCCUUAGCACUAACAGUGAAUCCCAAUAAAUCAAUCUCACAAUAACCAAACAAACAUUUCUUAAAUUUUACUUCCAAUCUAUAUUCAGCAAGUCGUCGCAUGACACGCUGCAAUAGUUCAAGAUGUUCUUCAAUCGUAUGAGAUGCCAAAGUUACGUCAUCUAAGUAAACUACUACUGACCCUUCUUUGAUAAACGAACCCAACACUCCGUUGAUGAAACGCUGAAACACUGCAGGAGCGUUUCUCAACCCAAACGGCAUCUUCCGGUACUCAUACUGACCUCCCGGAGUUACAAAUGAGGUAUACGAAAUGGAAUCAACAGCAACAUUGACCUGAUGGAAUCCAUUCUUCAAGUCCAGUACAGUGAAAUAUUUUUUUCCUUCUAGACGUUCCAAGCAAUCAUCGAUCAAUGGAAUUGGAUAGCUAUCACGCACUGUUAUUUUAUUUAAAGCUCGAUAGUCAACGCACAAACGCUUCUCUCCUGAUUUCUUCUGCCGCAAAACUAUUGGAAACGAGUAGGGUGAAUUACUAGGUUGAAUGAUACCUUCGGCUAACAAGCUAUCGACUAUGUUAUCUACGUCUUUUCUGUCGGAAUAUGAUAGUCGACGAGGAGCAAAACUUAUAGGAACAUCGGAUGUCAACUUCAGCCUCAUUUCAUAAUCAUGCUGUUGAGCUGGAAUAUUUGAUAGGUCCAAAUAGUCUUGAUCAAUUAUCUUUUUAAUUUGUCCACGAAUUAUAGCACUCAAGUCGGGGUUAAUAUUGUACUUAAAAUUUUGAUUAUCGCUAACAUCAAUUGUGUAAAUAUCAGGGACGAAAUAAUCGCAUGCUGCGGAGUCGCACACAGAGUCAGCUGGAUUACAUUUCGAACAAUUCAGGGGGUAGGAAAGAAAUGAAGAAUUAUUCUCAAAAAAAUUAUAAACGCAAUGAAGCCGUUCACCGGCAAUUCUUAUUUCAUUCAUAUCAUGAAGUUCAACUUUCAAAUUAUCAGCAACAAAAUGAUCAUAUAAAGUAAUACCAAAACUUGUUAGGAAUUCUCGGCCAAGGAGUAGAGGGUGACAUAUGAAGUGAUCAGGGACUGUGUACAACUUUAUAGUUUUUGUCCGGUAGCGAAACGUCACACGAACAGGGAUGAUACCGAAUGUACACAAGGGAAAUCCACCUACGCCUUUAUAACCGGAAUUGAUUUUCUCUGUGGAGAUAGAAAGACAUGGGACUGCCGAUCUUUUUAUCAAAUUAAUCGGACUUCCAGUGUCAAAAAGUGACAUGAAUUUUCUGCUAUGUUGCACAUCGGAAUCUGUUAGGAAGGUUACACUCACCUCAUUUAUCUCCGUGAUAGUUCCACCAUUUGACUCCUCUGGUCUGUCAUCCGUCAAAGCUGGGCCUCGCCGAAAAUCGUCCACCAUAGCAACCUGUCGUCUGACCGCUAAGGCAGGUUUGGGGCAGUCCUUCAAUCUGUGUUGGUUUGAACCACACCGGAAGCAAGAUCCAAUCUCUCGCUUUGGUUCAGGACAAGAUGCUGAUACAUGUCCCAUCCCGGAGCAAUUGAAGCACCUAACGUCAGAAGAUUUCGUUGUUUAGCAGCUACUCUCCCUCCGCUGGAUUUUGUGAGCGAUGCAGAGUACAUAUCCCUCAACUGGGAAUACCGAUGAGCUAGUUGUUUCAAUUGCACGAUCGUCGUCGCUUGAUAGAGUACCGCAAUGUUAGCAGAACGAUCGCGAAACCCAUCAACAAUCAGCUCCACCGUCUGUUUCUCGUCGAUGUUCGCUCGGGAUGCGAUUUCUUGCAUCUUCAAGAUGUAGCCAGUAACUGAAGUUUUCGCGGCAUUGAAAGUCGUCUUCUUCAUUAUAUCGAUGAUCUCGGAGACAGAAUGCACAUAACCGAAGUUUUCCAUAAAGCUGGCUCUGAAUUGUUGAUAAUUCCUCGAUCGAUCAACUCUCAAAAACAAUUCUGCUUCGGAUCCAGGCUCCAUCAUCCGCCGUAUUGCCAUGAAUCGGAAAUCGUCAUCGCCAUGGAUGGAUUCGCACGCUUGCUCAAAAUCCUGUAUCCAUUUUUCGGCAUCAUACGCAGCACCACCAGAAAAAGUUGGGACGGAAUAUUUAAUGUCUCGAAAAUCGGGCAUUUUCAUCGGAAUAACGGGAGGAGCGACAAUGUUGAGCUCGGCUUCAAUCACAGCAAUUUCCCGGCGCAAAUCGGCCACGAGUCGACGUUUCUGCAACAGGCGUAUCUCAGCGUCCAAUUGCUGCUCUUCUCCGAUUUCCCCCUCGCCAUCAUUUCGUUCAGGACUUUCGGAGCCAGAAGGAAUCUCUCCAUCCGCGUUGUUUCUUUGUUCCCUCUGCACCUCAAUAUCGUGGAGGGCUCGCAAAUGUCGGACCGUUGCGGAUUGUGGAAAUUCAAUAUGGCGGUCCUGCAGCCACGCCAUCAGUUCGGUUUUACUCGCGCGAUUAAUAUUGUCCAUUUUCACUCAACCGAUAUUUAGCGACCGCAGGGCUUAAUCCCACUUCUGAGGUUGUAAACGGAAUUAUUUUCGGAAUGUCUUUGAAACGGAACACUGGAUUUAAUUUUUCGGAACAAUUUUUAUAUUUACGUGCUCUUCGUUCUACCGUUAAUUAGAAACUGACCGUUUUUUCUCUAGCACUCUACAAAGUUCUCAGACACUCAAUCCAUUCACACAGUUUCUAUUAGUAACUCAUUCAAACACACACUCACUCUUACACGGUUAUUUCUUUUUCGUCAUUAUGGCCAACAUAACGAUCAUUACAGAUUUGUUUUGAUUUUUUGGUUGAAAUAGAUUGACUGGUUGUAUAACGUAAAAUAGGAUUUUCGUAUGGAAACAUUUGUUCGAAAUUCUAUAGAAAUCGCAUUUCUAGGUUCAGGCCUGAAACAUUGUACCACUUUUGAUCCCAUCGAUAGAACUUUUCAAAAACUUCAGACAUCCUAGCUUUAUAUUUCAACAAUCACUCUGCAAAAUUUCAUUGAAAAAUGUAGCGUAGUUUCUGAGAUAUUACAGUUUGAAUGAGAAAAGUCCAAAAAGUCUGAUUUUCGAAGAAUUGCUGUAUAUCAGGCCACACAAACUCCAGAAAGCUCAAAUUUUGUGGCAUAAUAGUGUGAUAGUUGAUCUAUCUAACGCAGAAAAUUUGAUCAUAAAAUAUCAUCAGAGUAAAAAGUUAUGGAAGUUCAAAGUCGAAGUGACAGUGUGCGUGCUUCCAAUUUCUAUACAAUUAUGAACGGUACUGUACAUCUUCUUGAAACGAGCUCGAUUUCGCAUUUCAAUUCCAUAACCUUGUGUUUUUGGCUCAGCGUUCGUUUUAUUAAGGAUUUUAGGCAUUUUUUUAUUUUUAUUGUUGAAUGGUAGAAUUGGUCGAUUUUUAAAGGUCAGUGUGUCAUAUUUUUUUCGUUCUCAUUUUUCUUCUUCGACACCUUCCGAACAACUACACACAAACAAUUUUCAUUCACCGCAGCCAAGUGGCAAACUGAUGCUCAGCCAUUUUUCAAGGUAUGUUACAAACCGCAGAUUGAUGAAUUCACUUACCUACAUUUUAGAAAAACUUUCUGAGCUAACAUAUCAUUGAAUGAAGUAGACCCCCGAAAAAUCUUCUGAAUAAAAGUAACUUUUUUUUCGUCUAUGAUUUAUAAGUUUCUGAAAGCCUCUGAUUACAGGAAACCAAAUUGAAACUGCAAAAUCUAUUCUUAAUAGUUUUGACAAUAUAAGAUCAUCAAACCACGAUACGGAAGGGUUGGUUGUGUUGUGUAGUAGAUAGUGAUCAGGAAGAGCGCAGUGUUUUCUGUAAAUACUUUAUAGGUGACGACAGAUAAAAAAAAACCGAGAAACGAUAGGUAUGUAGUCUUGUUUGGACUAGGAAGUGCACAGGAAUUCAAAGUUAUUCGCCAGAUGUAACUGUUCAACUUGUUGAAGAUGAUAUUACUAAAUAAACAAAAAAAAAAAACAGAAAUGAUAACUACAACUGGAGUCUGAAGUAAUGUUUCAUUCGGUUUAGUGUUCGUUUGAACACGCAAUUAAGCUUAAAUAAAUCAAAGAAAAGCUAAUCACCUAACUGUAAAGGAAUGAAAAAAAUAAUUAAAAUUAAACAAAUAGUCAUUAGUUCGGAACAAAGUAACUACACGGCGAGAAGCAGUAAUUCACACUUGCAGAAGAGGUGGAAACGUACAGUGAAUAUACAUAGAUAUUAUAGAUGGUUUGUUGAUGGUUUUAAAUUUAAUCAGAACUGUGAACUAGGAACUGAGCUCUAUAAGCGGAAUGCAAAUUAAAAGAAACUGAAAAGGAAAACUACACCGUCUCAGAAAAGAAACAAAAAAAGGUAACCAAGAGUCAAAAGCAAACGAUUAAAAAGAAAUAAAAUAACCUAAAAAGAAAGCGCAACGCUAAGCGAGACUGUUAGUUUUAGCGGCUGAUGACGGAAUAAACACAUGGCUCAUUACUAAGUAAUGAGCAUUUAGUAGGAAGACAAACGGCGAAUGAACUACUAAAUAGAACACAACUAAAAAAAGAAAAGAACAAAAUGCUUCUUGUAAAAUUAUUAGGCGAACAUAAAAUGUACCUAUAGUUCUGAAGAGAAAACAGAUAAAACAAAAACGAGUACGCUUUUGAUUUUUACAAAAACCGAUCGACCAGAAGGGAAACUACAAAUUAGGUUAUUGAUACCUAUUUCUAAUUUCGAUGUAAAUUUGUUUCUUUUUUUCAAAACAAAAAUUGUUAAUUAAAUUACUAUUAAAAAAAGAGAAAUAGUUAGUUUCUAGUUUAGUAAUUCGUUCAACCGAAAUAGUGAUUCUUUUCGUAUAGAAACCCAUGGUCAACCAACCAAAAAAUUACCAAUACAAACAACGAUAAUUGCAACUUUUAGUUCAGAAGCAAAAGCAGAAGAACAACAACGUACCGUGUUAUUUUUCUAUGAUUGUUCUUUUCUUUGUACAUAUACAAUCAUUUACUCCCCCUUCUAAAUCUCUAUCGGAAAUGUUUUAGUUUAUUUCUUAAAGCCAGACAGAUAGGUCCCAACCAAGAGAGAAUUUGAAACUCAGACGGUGCCAGGGCAAAACCGACCGAUGAGAAAUGUUUACGCUUGUUUUAGGAGAAUUUUCGUUUCUAUUCGAAUUGGCGGAGAGAUUGGUUUUAUUCCAGCAAAACGGAAGACACACAACACACAGAAAAAGUUUAUAGAAAUUCGAUAUGAAUAUAAUCCAAUCAAUAAACUUCAAAUCGGCACGCCCGGUGCUUACAGGCGUGCUUGUUUGAAUGAAACAUUAAAACAAAAAUCAA